GUAAUAUGAACGGUGUAUAUUGCAAAAAGACCGCCGCGACCAUAAAGCGCUCAGCCAUCUAGCAGGAGUUCAUUGAAACUAUUGACAAAAUCGGUAAAGAAGUUAAAAAAGAGAUAGAAGAAAAUCGAUAGAUGGCGGCUAGGUUUAAAUGAUUGUCGCGGCCCUCGACAUCGGUCCGGCAGAAGUUUUUAUUUCGCGUAUUUCGCGAUCGGGUCAUCUGAAGGAUCGAAAUGUCAGAAAUUCGGCAGGAAUCCUCGAGCUUGUGUAAUGUCAGCCAGAAGUGACGCAUCUGCGCUUUUCGCAGCGCGUACUUCACGCAAAACGAUGCCAAAAGGAUAAAUUAUGCCUCGAAAAGAGAACACCAAAGCGAAAACAUGGGAGCGAGACAGAAGAAAACGUAUGAACACAUACUUCAAAACUUUGGCAGAUCUUUUGCCGCCGAAUCAGGAGGGUCGGAAACGGAACAAGGUCGACAUCCUGAUCCAGGCCUCAAAGUACAUCAAAGACCUCCAUAACCGUACCGAGGAAUUGUUUUUGGCUCAUGCUUCGGAAGCGCACAAGGAAGAAUUGGCCCGUCUGAAAAAGCUUGUGACUCAGCUUUUCUCUCGUACCCAGUUAUUAUCUACACUUUUAAAGGAAGCUGGAAUAUCUGUACCUGCAGAACCGGCACUUGAAAAGAUAUCUCCUUUAAAAUGGUCUAACAAGAUCAAUGUAGAAGAUGCAGAGAACUACUUCAAUAAAGUAGAAGAAAUAAAAAGCUCUGAAAGCAAGAGGGAAAAGUCUGCAGAACUUAAAGUGCCUUCUAAAAGGAAAUCAGUUAAUUCUUCUAAUUCGUCUAGUAAAAAGUUAAUGGAAAAUAGCAACGUUUCUAAGGAUGUGAAUAACUCCAUUGAGAAUCAAGAGAAUGAAGCCCACUGUGUAAAUAGUAAAGACGAUAAUGCUGAUGCAACAGGCAAUGUAUCAGAAACUGGUUCGAAAGAAUCGGAAUGCUGCCAAACUAACACAAGUUCCAAUGUAGCGGUCUCUCGUCCCGUGAACGGUAAAACAAACAGUGCAUUGCAGAAAGUAGAAUCCCAGAAAAAGGUAAAAAGGAAAACGAAAAAGAAGGACGAGAAAAAAUCGUCAACGCCAUGUGUAAAUAAUUCGGUAACUAGUCUGACUCCAAACACUCUCAUUUUGUCCGGCGGUAAAUUAAUGCCUCUGGUAACUCCUAUGACAUCAAAUAUCAUUGUAAAUACUCAACAACAACCUGCGAAUCCCAUAAUCCUUGGUAACGCUCAACAAAAUCAAAUGAUCGUUAUGCAACCGUUGACGAAUCGUGUACAAAAUCCUGUCGUUUCAAUUUGUAAUCAAACCUUAAUCAAUACUGUACAAAAAGUUACGUUGAACACGGUGCCAAGCAUCCGCGCUAACAUGGUCGUCGAUUCCCAGAAUUGGGCGUCGAAUGUAAAGAAUAUAAUCAACGCGACAAAAAUCGGUGGUCACAAAGGUAUCUUGCCAAAGGGUAAAGAAGUUACGAAAACUACAAUGACCUACAAAGUUCCUAUUCCGGCUGUCCAUAAGGAAAAAUUGGAGAAAUCGAAAGAACACACCACUAAGAAAGACACUGACGUUAAAUUAAAAGUUAGUAAGAAUCAUACUAAAAAUGUUAAGAAUCAGCAGGCUGCAGAAACAACGGAAAAGAAAAAUGAAAAAGAAAAGAGCGUGGAAAGUACUGAGAAUCAAAAAGGAUCCCUUAAGCGUCCUUCAAAUGCGGAAGCUGACUCCACAGAUGAACCUGUCGAUAAAAAACGGAAGAUUAAUGAAAACAGUGAAAGUACCGUUCAAGUACAGACAGUAUCUGUUUCAAAAUCAGAUUUUACCGUGACCUGUAAAUCCAUUGAAAGCUUAAAGCACGUGAUAGAGAAGAUAGGCGAAGAUACGAACGAAGGAAAGGAGAAAGGUAAUUGUCCUGCUCAAUCAGGGGACAAGGAGUCGUGUAAUGAAACGAACGUAGAGUGUUCGGUUUUAUUGAGCACCAAUAGUGUAAACCAGGAAGACGUCAAUGAUUCUUUAAAGUCUGCAGACGUGUUAAAACAGGACAGCGUUCAGAAAACCGCAGACACCUCAUCGCCAGUCACUUUCACAGAGGAGCAUCUGAAAUCUAGCAGCGAGACGAUAGCAAUUUCUCCUGAAACAGGCUUCAAUAUUCCUGUAGAUGAUACGUUAGAAAAGUCCAAUAACGAUAGUGGUCGUUCCAACUCUAAAUCACCUUUGACAGAAGUUGAAGAGGCGGUCGAAGAGUCUGCAGAAUCUAAGAAGAUGAAAGAUGUGUGUAAUCUUGGCACAGAGUUUGACAAUCUGUUAGAAGUAACACCUAAAGAGGCGGAGGCUGUUGAAGGAACAACCAACUUGGAGAGCAAUAAAAUUAUUCUGAAUCUUGAUACAAACACCACGACGACCUUAAAGCCAGAAACUAAUACUGCAGUUCAGACUUCAGACGCUGCAACGUCGUCGUCGUCGUUGCUUCCAGUGAACAUAGUAGAGGAUGACUCCAAGCUUAUUAAAACAUCAAAAGAUGAAGUAUCGAAGACAUCUCUGUCAUACAAUACAGAAAAUUCUUUUGUGCCUAUUGGCAGCAGAGCUGACGGUCUUCACUCGGACCUCUCGAACGACAUAUUUGCCUCUCUUCAAGUUCCUUCAAGUUCGCACAACCCAGAAUCAAUAUCUCCUACCGCAGCAUUCCUAAUGGCUUUUCCAUUGGUAUCCUCGUUAAAUGGUAAAACUGAGGUUCUGGAAGAGGAGAUGAAAGAAGACUUCAAGUACCACAGUCAAACUCCACCCAUGCUGCUGCAGAUUGGAGCCAUGGAACCCAACAGUUUCAAAUUAAAGACUACAUCUCCCUCUCAUGCUAUUGCUGAGAAACGUCUGAAGGUGAAUUACGAAGAAAAGAAGAGUGUGAAUCCCCCUGUAACCGAGGCAGUGAACUCGGACCUGAUUGUCUCUGUAGAAUGCAGUACAACCACGAAAGUCCUACCCAAGGUGGUGAGCAACGAACCUCUUAGAGAACCUUACAAGAUCGUGCAAAGUGUAUUGGCACCUUCUUUGGAGAAGCCUGCUUCAUCGAGCUCCUUCUCUCAGACCCUGUACUCAAUUGCAAGUGUAUCAGGCACUACUUCAAUUGCCACCAGCUCAGACACUGGACAUAAUUGUCAGAACCAGCUCACAACCAGCUUGCAGAAUGCAAUUACCAGCAGUGAAAACGUUGCUACUCAAAUUGGCACUGUUUCUAUAUCUAAUAAAACAGAGCAGACUAACUGUCCAGUUCAAGCAUCUACCUGUGACACUAAUGUCCGGUAUUCUAGCUCUCAAGAUUUUCUAUCAACCUACUCGACGAUUGUUGACAACAAUCUUCCCAACCUGCAGCAGAAUUCAACAGUCUGCAGUAGUGCAUCAAUUCAGGAAACAAAUUCUGCCUCACUGAAUCAGAAUGUAACAGCUGAUGUAUCUCAGGCACCCAUGGUUCCUCAUUUGACUAACACAACAACCACCACAAAUUCUACAUCUUUGCCUUUGCAGUCCAUGCAGAUGGAUUACACGUCCCAGAUGAAGGAGAAAAAUUCUGAUAGUUCUCGUAUAGCCUAUGAGAUCCAUGGUAAGGAUCCUCUGAUAGAUUCCAAUAUUGUGCCCAACAACAGACUCAAUUACACUGGGCACAUAGACAGAGUUCUUCCAACAUCCUCUCAGAACAUCCAGCAAGAGUAUUCCAUGCAAUCUAAAGAUGCUUCUCUAUCUGUUCUAUCUUCACAAGGUAUGCAGACCGUUUACGAAUCGCAACCCAAAGACACUCAUGUCCUGUCCACGCAGCAGAAUACUCAUCAGAGUUACACGGUGCACGAGAAAGAUCACAUUAUUCAGAAUACCCAUAACGAUUACACAGUGGAUCAAAAUAAGAAUCUAUCUCGAAAAGAUCCGAUACCGUACUCGUCGGGAAACACAAGCGCGUCCAAUAGAAAUCAAAGUUAUUCUACGAAGGAGUCGAUGCCAAACUCCUCUGAAGCUCAUUUUCAACGCAGCUUUCCAAAGAUGACCAAGGAUUCUGAUUCUUCGGUUACUAAUGCAGAGCAGGAUGCGAAGUUGAACGAGGUACUGAGGUCGAAACCGCAGGAACCACAGGAUCAUGGACGCGACACGAAUUACACAUCAUCGAAGAAGAUAGACGUUGAUCCCUUUGUUCAGACGUUCUCGUACGGAGUGAAAGAGUCGAUGAGCACGCAGGCUGAUCAAAAUGUAUUAAAUCAAAACACUGAUAACAUAUUCCAAGGAAAGAGAGAUGAUGCUCAGAGUUAUUCUAAUUACUCCAAUAAAGAUACGAAGAAGAUUAAUACCAGUUCGUCGAACAAUAUGAACGGUAAACCUCUGAUACAAAAUACAUCUGUUAGUCGUUAUUCUCAGCAGUCGACUUCCUUUGUGGCUACCUCUAAUUACGAGAAUAGUACUGUCACCGAGAACCACGCAAAGUCGACAACCACUGUCGCUCAUAAUUCUUCCAAUUUCAGUAUCCUGUCGUGGACCACUUUCUCACCGGUUAGCGGAGGAGGUGGCAACAAUCUUGUACAGUUUGACCAAGGGCCAAAUCAAACAGACAACACAGAGGCAAAGACAAUCUGUGAAAAUUACAGUUACGUUCCUUUGCACAAGGAAAAUUCAAGUUUCUCAAACGUUUUGAACAAUGAUGUCUAUUCAACGAAUUCAUCAAUGAAUAAUGUUGACAAGUCCAGGAUGAAGACUGGAAUGGAAGCACAGAAACAAUCCUUCGUGGACCCGACGAAAACAAGAAAUAUUCAGACUAAUGUCCCUGGCAAACAGAGUCGCAUGCAAAAUCAAAGCCAAACCUCGUCAGGUAACAAUGAUUACAACAAGUACGGUACGGAAAAUAAAAAUAAAUCCAAGUAUGGUAUGGAGUCAGACUAUAUUCAGAAUGAAUAUUCUGGAAUGGAUCAACAGCAGCAGCAACAUGGACAGAAAAAUCAUCAGACCAUGGCUACCAAACACGACAAAGCUGUAUAUCCAAUGUCUGGUUAUGAUUCCCAGGUGAACUUUGAUUUACCCGAAGUCAGCACCCAGAUGAAGUACUCUGCGGAGGCUUAUGCUGGCUCCAAUUUUAAAUACCCUGAUAAAUCACAGCAACAGAGUCAGGCCAAGUAUCAGCCUCUAGUUCAGGGACAAAUUCCUUCCCUUCAACACGACAGUGUCACGUACAAUAACAGUGGUAAACAUGGUCAGCAGCAGAGUGGUACAAAGUCAAAAGGAAAUCAGCAGCAACACGCGAUUAGAGCACCCGUGAAUUGGAUGAUGACACCAGAAAUUAAGCAUAACACAAACAUAGCUGACAUCAUUUUACCACCCAUUGGUAAGGAGCUGGAAUUCUGCCAGAAUAAUCUGUUUGCACAAACACCGUCCUACAAUCAAGGAACGCCAAAUCAGUUUUACAAUAACUAUGAUGUCACCGCACAUGGUUUCCCCAAUUUACCGGUUUUGCAAGGUGAACCGAAGAGAACCUCAGAGGUGUUUUAUUCAGAGGAACAACCAUUUCCUUGGUCUCCUACAAAGACUAGCGUUCACGUUGAACAGAGUCAGUCAGUCAAAGGCAUAGAUCAACAUAUUGUCCCAUCCAGUCUUCCAACCUUGGUCGGUGAUCUGGACUUGGGUACCAACAUACCCGAGAAACAGAACUUCCUGUUCAGUCAAGUGCCAUCUAGGGUUCCACCCGAUCAGAGCAAAGACCCUAAUAAGGAUAAAGAAGGGAACGUCGCAGGACGUGAUUUUCAUACUGUGCUGAAUAAUCAGACUGUUCAACACCCAGGGGCUGGAUCCUCCUUCCUUUCUGUGAGUCAGCUGGUUGAACACGAGAAGGCUGAAAAAUCCCAUCAGCAGCAUCACCAGCAGCAACAUCAUCAUCAUCAUCACCAUCACCAUCACGCCCAUCAACAUCAACAGCAGCAGCAGCAGCAGCAACAACAACAGCAGCAGCAGCAACAGCAGGCUAGGAAACAUCAGAGGAAAAGUAAUGCUAGUCCUAGAGGCAACAGCAAACGUCAGAUGGAUAUUCGAAAACAAAAUUCAGGAAACGAUCACCUGCAUCAAAGGCACGAAGAGCAGAAGUCAUCGGGUCAUACAUUCCCCGAACAAGGAUAUCAGCAGCAACAGAAAUAUCAGCAGAAUAAUAUUCAUUGGAGAAGUAGAAAUUGUAAGAGCAAUUAUACCGCAGAGGCAUUGAUAGGAACUAAUAGCAGUGUUCACGAUACAAAUCAAGAUAAACAUCCCUCCAUCAAGUUCUCUACUAAUUAUUCUCAGAACAAGUUUCAAACCAGUUUGCCCACCGCAGACGCUGUCAUGCCUAUUAAUUAUUUCUCGAACGCAGACGAUGGAAGUGGCUAUGGGCAAAUGGUCAAUCAGAAUUUCAAUUCAUAUAGCUAUUCCUCGAACACGAAUAUCUAUCCUACUUCAAACUUCAUCACCAGCAUAUCAAACACACCUACCAGUUACAUGAUGCCGUUGCACGACAACACCGACUACAUGGAAGCAAACGCUUUCCUUUUAUCAAAUGUGACCGUGUCCUCGUCCAACUCUUCGUCAACUACGUCCACUGUAACGACUUCAACUUCCAAUGUGAACAGCAAUGCAAAGAAUCAUCAGCAUUACGGGAAGCACCAGAACUGCGACAAAAGAACUUAUUCCACUAACGUGAAGAAGGGGAAAAGGAAAGGUAUCGAUGGAACGAUGCAGAACUUGGAAUUUCCUCUUUCCGGUAUCAAUUCGCCGUUGGAAGAUUAUCAUCAUUCGACUACGUUUUUACCACCGCCUCCGCCACCGCAUGCUAGCCCUCUUUAUCAAAAUCAUCCACAGGCAAAUGUGUACACAAAAGCUGUGAAUGGAUUACCACCUCCACCGUCUGUAGCCGGUCCUCAGGGUGUACCGACGGUGGCUACAGCUGGUUUCCCGAUGAAUCCAAACAUGCCAAGGGGUGGAAUCGUUGCCAGUAAUCCAAUGACUAUGAGCCAUCAUCCCUCGGGCACUAGUCUCACCAACUUCAACUUGAGCACCAUUUUUCCAGAGAUGAACGAUAAAAUUACAGGAUACAAGCCACCGAAUGGUAUACCUCCUGGUUUACCACAGCCAUCGAACCAGUCUGCAGCUUAUACGCAAAGGUCCAAUUAUCCAACGAAUCCCCUCUGUCAUUUGCCACAGGUUUGUUUCACAGAUGAAGAAACAAAUGUCUUGAAACUAAAGUAA